GGCGGAACGACCGGCGUUUCGGAGUUCGGAGAGCGCGUAUCGGUAGUUGCGAGACGAGGCAGUCGGUGACGGGUUGUGGUCGUCUAGUGUAUCGUAGUGAACGGUUUUGAUCGUCUUUUCCUUCCCUCCUUGUGUUCAAAAAUGAGCUGGCAGGAUUACGUUGAUAAGCAGCUGCUCGCGUCUAGGUGUGUUACCAAAGCGGCGAUCGCCGGACACGAUGGCAAUGUGUGGGCGAAAUCUGAAGGCUUCGAAGUAAGUAAAGAAGAACUCGCGAAAUUAGUGCAGAGUUUUGAAGAGCAAGACAUCCUGACGUCGUCCGGGGUUACCUUAGCUGGCAAUAGGUACAUCUACUUGUCGGGCACGGACCGUGUGAUAAGGGCAAAACUCGGCAAAGUCGGCGUCCACUGCAUGAAGACGACGCAAGCCGUAGUUGUCUCUCUGUACGAGGACCCCAUACAACCACAGCAAGCCGCAUCUGUCGUUGAAAAACUGGGCGAAUACCUCGUGUCCUGCGGCUAUUAGUAACCUCUGGGACCCAACAUAAAUAUCUAAUAUUAAUAAUAAACGAUACGAUCGAUUAUUUUAAUGAACAGCGAAUGGAACAUGCGCCAUACCGCACGAGUUGCCCCGGAAUUGCCGCACGCCCUGCCGCGCGACUCACGAUGAAAAUGCAGCGACAACAGCAGCAACAGCAGUAACAAAUACACAGCCGAGAACAGUGCAUCUACCAUUAUUGCUCCCGUCAUUAUUCUUUUCUCAAUUUUUGUUUCUUUGACACGACGUAGAGAACGGAAAGGAAGACACGCGCGAGUUUAUACUGAAUAUUGCUGAGUAAACGCACGUACCAUACGUAAACAACGACGCACCCUUCUCCUUCCUCUUUUUCCCAUACUUUUUAUCAUACAAACCUGUGUUGUUUCUCUCUUCUCCUUUCGUUCUCCGUUCUCUUAUCUUCUCAGUCAUACACGUAUACGUACUUAAGCAUCGUAGAUACGUGUGAAGGUAUACGCGUGUCUCGUGUUCUGUCAUCUCGUGUUAUGUUCUAUGUGACGCGUAUGAGCGUCGGAGAUUGUGGGGAAACUUCGGCGUCUUAUCGAUAUCGAUACUAAUAUCGAUGUUAUUUGCCACAUCUGCUCUCUAUCUGCUCCCAACCCUUGUAAUAAUCGCGCAGCAAUGCGAGUCUCGACGGCUGUGACGCGCGAGAGAGAUGCGAGAUCACAUCUGAGACGCCGACGCGUCGCGAGGAGUGAUGACAAGGAUCGAUGGCGGUUUUGACGAUCGAUCGGUGGGAGAACCGCCGCUAUCCGUGCGAGAGCUGUUACGGUGACGCACGUUACAAGACGUCAUUGAUAUCAUAGCAUUGAAGUGUAAUAGCUACGUUCAAUAGAGAAAUCAGUUGAUUCUUUGAUAUGAUUGGUUCUUGCCUUUAGGUCUUCGCUGGAUCUAAAUGAAGGAAUCAAUCAUAUUUCAAGAAUCAUUAAGCGUUAACUGAUUAAUUUUCUCUGCUGAACGCAGCCCAUAAUACUGGAACGAGCGCUGACGCUAGGGUUUCUCGGGUAAAUAUUAAGAAUAUCCCAGUCACCUCAAAUUUUGAUAUAAAAAUCAUGCUUGCAUUGCAGUAUUUCGUAGCUGACAGAUUUCUGAACAGAUUUCCUGAACAGUCAUCAACUUUAACGAUUAAUAUCUCAAUUUGUAGAACAAAACGACGCUUUUUUCUUGUCAAAUUUUUAUUUUUACGGGAAAACGCAUCGAUUAAGUAUAUUUUUAUUACAAUUUAAAACGACAGAGGUAUUCUUGAUGCUGAUUCUACAUUGAGUUGGUAGUCUGAAGUCUUAGUCUUAAUCGGUGGAGUUGGCCAAAUCAGCAUUAGUCGUACAAGUUGGCUAUUGAUCAACUUCACCAAUAAGACUUAGGACUACCGACUCAUUGUAAAAUCAGUAUAACAGUUAUCAUUUUACGAAUCGAUGAAGAGGAUUCUAUGUGGUCUUUGUCUUUUGGCUAUAAGUUUCAAAUACUAAAAAUUGGCGCCAAAUUGUCUCUGGUGAGAGACGUAUAUCGUAUCAAAUUGAAACAAAAGUUUAGGUUAAAUUAAAGGACCUAAUCUAUAUUUUAAUGAAAUAUACUUAACGUAUAUAUAUUAUAACUAUAGUAGUAUAACCUAUACUACUAAACUUGAAAUAUACUACUAAAUUUUUUUUACGAGAAUGUAUUCUACUAUUAUUUAUUACACUUGCGCAGUAUAGGUUGGAAAAAGAUCAAGAUACCACUUGGAAUACUCUUGGACUUAUAAAUAUUCUCUCUUGGGAUGUACUGGAUGUAGCCUUGCAUCGCACCAAUUGUAUGUAAGCGCUGCACUGUAUUGAAGUAGUGUACAUCAUGAUGUAUACUACUUCAUUAGUACUAGAUACUAAAAUCCUGCUCUUGUUUGAUUUCUAUUUUCAAAUUUUAAAUGUUACUCACUCUACACUUUUCUUCGAACGUUGUAGCAAAAUCGUAUUUUGUACAUAAAACAUGCACCACUAUUGUAGCCACGGAAGCACGUUAACACCGAAUGAGUUUAUCUAUCACCAGUCAUGGAAACACGUUAUACUAUCUGAGUGGUGCAUUGGUGGGCAAUAGUGCAGUCAAGGGAAAGUGCUAUUAAUGCAGGAGCCGCGCUCGUUCCAGUAUUAUAUUUUAGUACAUCAUAGACAUUCGUAAGCGAUGCGAGUGCAUGGUUUUUUGAUUGAAAAAACGAUGAUCUUUUGCGUGACGAUCUCACUAUUAUGGAUCCAGUAACGGUGAGAUGGGGAAAUUAGAUUUGGAAUCUGGCAUGCCUUUGUCAUAAAAAAAUUAAAACCCGACCAACGUUAUUUUGACUUUAAGCGAGGCUCGAAACUCUACUUCUAUCUCUCCCUCUCUGUCGGCGUUAGACUCGAUUGCACCAACAUUUAACUUUAAACGGGACUUAAAAUUCUCGUUUUAUGUAUCUCUCUCGGCUUGAGAGAGAGAGAGAGAGAGAGAGAGAGGGGGGGGGGAGGAGAGAGAGAGAGAGAAUUUUAAGCUUCUCUUAAAGUUGAAGUAACGUUACAAUCUGGUCUUAAAGAAAGAAAGAGAGAAUUUUAAUCUUCGCUCAAAGUAACAUUGGUGUAAUCGGGCCUAAAAGGCGCGAAUCGCAAUGGAUCAUAAUGUGGGUGGUGAUUCGCUAUGGGAUGAAUGACAAUUUUAAAUGCGACGUCACAUCGUCUUUCAUUUUUUCGUUACAUGCGUUUGAUUUUUUUUUUUUCGGAAAAGGAGGAGUCACCAGUGAGAAAUCUCCUGUGAGAAAUCGAAUCAUUAAAUUUGAAUUUAUCGGAGAUAAUUUUGUCCCUAUUUGUGAAGAAUAUAUAUAUGAAAUAUUGUUUAAAAAUAAUAUGUUGUACGCGGAAACAAUCUAUUUUAUCUUGUAUCAUAUAUUUAAUACAUAAAGUGUAUACAGUUGUAUACUUAUUUGUUUCACGCAUUUACGCGUGUAUGAAGAAAUACACAUCAAUGAUCGAUCGACAAAUAUCAGAAAAAGAGAGAGAGUGAGUGAGUGAGAGAGAGAGAGAGAGAGAGAGAGAGAGAGAGAGAGAGAGAUAAUGAUAAUAAAUAAUAAACUGUUGUUUAGGCUUACUAUCUUUUUUGUAGAGCACGAUAGGAUGAACAUGUGCGCGAGGCAGAGAGAGGGAGCACGCGUGCGCAAGCAGAGCGCGUGGGCGCGCGUGUGUGUGUAUGUGUGUACAUAGGUUUGUUCCUACCAUAGCUCUUACUCCACAAAUGCAUUGGAGUGAGUAGAAGCUAUGAUAGGGAGCGUGUUGAAGCAUGCGAUGCGAACAAACCUCCUUAGAUAGUAUAACAACAUCCAUAACGUCUAUGAACGUUCUAUGAAUAUUUGUACAUUUUUAGAACAUUCUAUGAACGUUUUUAGAAAUUCUGUAUUGUAUGGGUCGUGAUUGAUUGAGAGUGAGAGAAAAAUAGAGAAUGAUCACGAAUUUUAAAAAUAACAGCGAGAUAAUGAGAAGAAGAAAAAGUAAACGAGAAAAUGUAGAGAAAAAGAGGAAAAGGUGCAAAUAGAAAUGUGUGUAUUCGCGCGCGCACAAUAUGUGAGAGGGAGAGAGAAGAUGUGACAAGGUAGCAAGAACGGAGAUAUGAUGAUGCGAUAACGAUAGCGGCGGCGAUAAUGAUAAUGAUAAAAUGAUGACAAUGUGAGUAUGCGGCAGCGGGUGAUACGGCAUGGAUUGGCCGCAAUCCUGGCCGCCUCCCCCAUUUCCCAAGAAUCGAUACGGUCCUUUUAGCUAUUUACUGUCUUUAUUAUUGCUAUGUGUAAGAAAAAUAAAACAAAAUGGCGAACGAUGUGUCAUAAACUGCUGAGAUUUUUAUCGACAAGACGGUGUGUGAGAGAGAGAGAGAAAGAGAGAGAGAGAGAGAGAGAGAGAGAGAGAUAUACG